GUUCCGAUUGUAGUUGUGGAUCAUUGUCGCCAACUUCCUAUGCAUCUAACGGGACCAUAGACAGUUAGCUUGCGGGUGGUGUCACCGGUAGUAUGCAGAAUAUGCUGACAAUUAUUUCAAACGUGUUUAGAGGAACCGCCAGCAAAAAUGGCGCCAGGGCGGUGGUGUCGACUCGAUCCUAUGCCGACUUCACACCCCAGGCCACCUUUGACAUCAAGAAAUGCGAUCUGCACCGCUUGGACCAGGGCCCGCCGCUGAAGGCAGUUCUGACCCGAGAGCAGGGCCUGAAGUACUACCGGACCAUGCAGACCAUGCGGCGUAUGGAGCUGAAGGCCGACCAGCUCUACAAGCAGAAGAUCAUCCGCGGCUUUUGCCACCUGUACGAUGGACAGGAAGCCUGUGCAGUUGGCAUCGAGGGUGGGAUCACACCAGACGAUCACCUGAUCACGGCGUACCGUGCUCAUGGGUACACUUUCACCAGGGGCGUGGCCGUCAAGGAGAUCCUGGCAGAACUCACAGGCCGAAGAGGCGGCAUUGCCAAAGGCAAGGGAGGCUCGAUGCACAUGUAUACCAAGAACUUCUAUGGAGGCAACGGGAUUGUCGGAGCGCAGGUUCCGCUUGGGGCUGGGUUGGCCUUGGCGUGCCAGUACCAGGGAAACAACCAGGUGUGUGUCACGCUCUAUGGUGACGGAGCCGCAAACCAGGGUCAGGUCUUCGAGUCGUUCAACAUGGCGGCUCUGUGGAAGUUGCCGUGCAUCUUCAUCUGCGAGAAUAACCAGUACGGCAUGGGCACGUCUGUGGAACGCGCAUCGGCCAGCACGGAAUACUACAAGCGAGGCGACUACAUCCCUGGCAUCAGGGUGGAUGGCAUGGAUGUGUUGUGCGUGAGAGAAGCAACACAGUUUGCGGCCGACCACUGCAGAUCUGGAAAGGGUCCCAUCCUAAUGGAACUCCAGACCUAUCGUUACCAUGGACACAGUAUGAGUGACCCAGGGGUCAGCUACCGCACACGUGAUGAGAUCCAGGAGGUUCGCAGUAAGAGUGACCCCAUCUCGCUGCUGAAAGAUCGCCUGAUCAGCAACAACAUGGCCAGUGUGGAGGAGCUCAAGGUGAUAGACGUGGAGAUACGCAAAGAGAUUGAGGACGCGGCCCAGUUUGCCACCUCCGACCCUGAGCCGCCCUUAGACGAGCUGUGCGACCACAUCUUCUCCAGCGAAGCCCCCAUCGAGGUGCGCGGCACCAACCCCUGGAUGAAGCUCAAGUCCCGCAGCUAAGGCUAGCAGUGCGCCCGUGCUGUCCGCCACCAUGUUACCUGUCUUUAACUUGGCACCUUAGACCCCAUGCUUACAACCCUCUGACCUGAAACAUGGGGCCGCACCUUUACCUGCCCAGCACCCUUUAUACACGCACAAAAAUCUUAGUGAAAAAGAUGACCAAUGUGAAAGUAGGACCAAUGUAGAAGGUCAGUCAGGAUGAAUGACCUGCCUCCCAGCUUACUCCAUCAUGUUGUUGUGUAUCUGGCCAUGUGUAUGCCGGUGGCACUGUAAUGAUUGCUCAAGAUGUAUUGGACAUGUUUGCUAUCAGUGCUCCUGAUGCUAUUGUAGCUUUCAGCACACACUGCACUUUCUACAGAUUGAUAAAUGUGAGGAAAGGCUACUUGAUUGCUGAUGGUGUAUCUCCUCCUAUAUUUCUAAUGCCGUCUCCUUACCAGGGUGCUGUAAUUGUGCUGAGCUGUGCUGAGCUGAGCCAAAAUUUUCCCCCCACAUGCAUUUUGGAGCCAGCAAACCCAUCUUGGGCUGUGAAUUUCAGAGCAGGUAGCACAGAAGUGAUGGCCUCCUACCAAGACUGUGAUGUUUCCAUUUAAAUGACCAUUAUUGAUUUGCCUUCCAAGCAACAGGAUACUUAAAUAGAGAAGUUGACACACUGAAUUCAACAAAGCCCCAGUACAUUUGUACACUGAAAAGUGAUUUGAUUUGUUUCAAGGAUGAUCUGGCAGUGAACAGUGAAUUGGCAAACUAUAGAGAGACUCACUGCUGUUUGGUCAGACAGCCAAAUUCAGUGUCGACUCUACUUGGGAUCAGGUGUGCAAAGAGAGGGGCGGUCAAAUUAGAACAGAACCCGAACAAUGUGAACUGCAAAACAUCACAAGUACUGCAUUCAAACAGUUGAAAUUAGAACUGCUGAGCAUAACAUGGGGCCUGAGGAGGUAUCUGAGACUGAAGGUAUUCAUCAAUACCUUUCUGGUGUAUAGAAACACAGGAAGGUCUGAUCUUGGCUCUCCUCAAUCAGCUUACAAGCUUACAUUUAAAAUGUCUUAAAUUGCUGACAUAGAGAAUUUGCACAUUUGACAUUUGAUUGGUCAAAAAGUAAUAACCCCAUUCUAAUCACAUUCCAUGAGUAAUGUCAUUGUAAAAUACUCUGGCAGCAUUGUUAUCUUGAUACAGUUGAAUUCUCUUACAUCAUGUUUUCCCAAGGACCACAUCAAAUAAAGGCAAAUAAACCUGA